AUGCCGUCGAUCAAUGCCAGGGCGUCCACAUCAGACCAUGCAUUGGCCUGCCCUUGGCCCGCUGCGGCUCAGGAAUGCCUCCUCCUGCGGAAGCGAGCUGGCGGCAGGGCGAAGGCAUCUUGGAGGCGGCGUCAGGGAAUUGCGAUGGCGAGUCUGGGCGACGUGCUGGGCGGCGUGCUGGGCGGCGUUGGGGACCUGACGCAAAUGGUGCCUCCGGCCGACGUCGACCUCUCGACGGUUUCUAACUUUGCCACCACGGCGAUGGAGCUGGUGCCGGAGCCCUUGCGGCCCAUCAUGUCCCUUCUCGCUGAUGAUGUUAUGGGCUUGAUCAGCCUGCAGCCGACCACUGGGCAGAUCGGGCGCUUGGGGUUGAUAUACUACAUCUUGUUCACCACACCUGCACCUCUCAUUGGCAUCAUGGAUUACUACAUUCUUGGCCCAUUGGGAAAGCUGCUGCAGAGGAGAUGGAAGUCUGAAGAUUUCGUAGUCCGAAACAGGCUUGGCGGUGGGAAUUUUGGCACAACCUAUGAAGCCAUUGUGAGCAAGGGCCCUGGCGAAUCUGUUGCAGCAGAGUUAACACCUGAGCAAAAGAACAGGAGAGUUGUCCUCAAGAAGGUCAACCUGGAUUCCAACGAAAUUAGGGGCAAAUUUCUUGGUGGUGGAACAAUAGCAAGGGGUGCUGGUGAAACAGGACAGGCCGAAGCAUACAUGUAUUCCAAGAUUGGAAGAAACCCACUGGUCAAGCCACGAUGCGCAAACUACAAGGGUGUUUUCUUUGCAGACCAGUCUGAUGGCGGGUUCACUGUAGGGUCGCAGUGGCUGGUUUGGGAUUUUGAGAGUGAUGCAACUUUAUCAGAUGCUCUUGAGGGGCCACAACAGAACUUUCCAGAAUGUCUUCAACAGUAUGUCCUGAGGAAUGGUGUGAACAUGUCACAACAACAAAGAGAUUCAAAGGUCAUCAAGAGGAUCAUGAAGAAGAUCCUGACAGGGUUGACAAAGCUGCACUCAUUGGGCAUAGUCCAUCGGGACAUAAAGCCUGCAAAUCUGCUUGUCACUGUGUCAGGAGACAUCAAGAUUAUCGAUUUUGGUGCUGCGGUUGAUGUGUGCACAGGCGUGAACUUCAACCCUGCUGCGGGAAUGUUGGAUCCAAGAUACUGCCCACCUGAAGAAGUCAUUGUCCCAAGAAGUUUUCCCAAUGUGCAGCCUCCACUCUUGGCAGCUUUGGUGUCACCACUUGUAUGGUGGCUUGCUUGCCCAAAUCUCUUUGACACAUACAGUGCUGGGAUGAUUUUGGUGCAGAUGAGUAUUCCGGAGCUGCGGUCAACGGCUGCCCAGAAGGGUUUGGUUGCGGACCUGGAGGAAUACUCCGAUGACCUAAGGAUGUGGAGAGCAGAGUCUCCAAGAGCCCGGAAUGCAGACUUUUCGCUGCUGGAUAUGAAUAGUGGCGCUGGGUGGGAUCUUGCCUGCAAAUUGGUCUGCAGACGAAACGGUUUCAUGAGGGGCAGGUUGUCCGCUGAAGAAGCGCUUGGGCAUCGCUACUUUUUUGGCUUCUUUUAG